UACAAGUCAAGUGCUACUUGUCAUUUAUUUCAAUGACAUGUGUUAAAAAAAUCAGAAAAUCUAAAAUUAUAAAAAAAAAAUGUACGCGUGAAAAUUUCGUUUAAAUGUUGUGCAACCGAAAUUUAUCGCAUGAAGGCGAAACGUAGCAAACAAUUGGCAAAAUUCUCCAACGUGUCAGAUAAACGGAAUUUCUAAACAGUGUCUCUCAAACAAUACUUCUCAACAUAACCUAUUUACGAAAAUAAAUUGACAAUAAGCAAGUAUAUCGUAAACAGAGGGCAGUCUGUUGUUAGAAGACCUAUUCAUCACCGUCGAACAAAUUUCGCAUAAUUUUUCACACUGGAAUAUUAACAAAUAAAACGGUUAUUCGAAUUAAAACAUCGAUAAAAACGAUACAUUAGAAAAGAACUCCAUAAUGAGUUCUGAUCACGAUCAGGCAUUUUUACAAAUUUUACAAAAAGAGAAAAAUAUCCCAAAUUUUUUAGACGCACUUUUCGGGUUUUUAUACAGAUACACAGAUCUUUACAUUGAAUCUGGAGGAGAUCAAAAAUUAGGAUUCCCACCUGGUAUGGGAGAAAAGCUUGUCUUACAUAGUUUCCAAAAAUGGAAGAGAAUAUCUAAAUUUCCCAGUGAAACAGAUCUUCUAAACAAUCAGGAUUUUAUUAUAGAGAAUGACGAUAAAGAUGAAGAUGAGUCAAUGACAAUAGAAGAAGAUUCACCUAUUCCACAGGUUGAUCAUGAAGUAGAAAUUGAAACAUGCAAAGAAAGUCAAAUUAUAGGUCAAUCUAGUCAAUUAAUCAAGAGGGAUCGGUCAUCAGACAGCUAUAAUGGAGCAGUGAGAGAAAAUUACACUUGGUCACAGACUAUCAGCGACAUAGAUGUGCUGGUCAAACUGCCCAGUUGUAUAAAAACAUCAAAAGACUUAAGAAUUCAUUUGGAUUCAAAAGAAAUUAAGAUAGAAGCAAGGGCAUCAAGGGUUGAACAGAAUCAGGAGAUAGAAGAGUGUCUGUAUUUUGUAUGGAUCACAAUUUUCAAAGAAGAGUUUUGCUUUAAAAUUCGAAAAGAUGAAUCAAUGUGGAGCAUUGUACCUGGACAACACAUUAGCAUUCAUCUUGAGAAGGCUUCAGAAAGGUGGUGGGACGCACUGAUCAUUGGUGAGCCAAAAAUUGACUUGUCGAAAAUCGAUUGUUCGAGAAAUUUAGACGAUCUGGGAUCAGAAGAGCAGAUGAAGGUUCACGAGUUAAUGUGGAAUCACCAACAAAAGCUUCUUGGCAAGCCAACUUCUGAGCAAAUUAAAAUAGAAAAGGUACUGAGAAAAGCAUGGGAAGCUAAAGGAUCUCCGUUCGAGGGCACACCGUACGAUCCCUCGAUAAUAAACUUCAACUGA